GUUGGUAGACAUCAGAAUGAAUAUUCUGAAACAGAUAAGGCAAACUUUGUCAUCGUUAGACGAUGAAUCGGAUUAUUUCCUUCAAAAGAAGUACGCUCUGAUUGCUGCUGGAGUUCAAAUUCCUACGAGCCAUCCCCUAUAUCGAUUUGCCUUCUACGUCUACAGACUUACCAUACUAUUGCACCUCGUUUUGUGGUACGAUCGGUUUGUCGACAACUUCUCCGAUGAGGAGCGCUUGGGUGAACUGAUCACAUCGCUCGCCAUUUGCGCCCAAUUUACCGGCCUCCUACUGCGGUCAGUUGUGGUGCGAAUUUAUCUGAGCAGAAUUAGACGCGUGCAGGACUACUUGGGUGAACGUUUGAGCGACUGUCGUUAUGAUUACCGAAACAAAACCUACCGAUUGAUCCGUCGAAUCGUGAGGACUUUCGCAAUUACGUUUUUCCUGGAUUUGCUGCUGCAGUUUAAAUUCGUGAAGUAUCAACCAUUUUUUGAUUUGCCAACAAACGUGCAUCACCUUGGUGUUUUUUCGACGCUACUCGGCUACCGGGUGGAUGUCGUUGCGGAUUUUUUUUAUUGCUUCAUUUUUACGGCUCAUGUGACGAUCGUCAAUACCUACAUAAAAGCGUUUGAUGUUGAGAUGAGGAAAAUUAUUGACGCGCUGCAGAAUUUGUUCGGUAACGUGGAUGCUGAAAUAGAGUACACUAAAACUGCGAACGGUGCUGAAGAGUUACGUUUUUUGGAGGUACUCAAGCGCAAACUGAACAUAAUCGUUAAGGAUCACGUUGAAUUGCUCAAUCAAUUAGAACAACUGAAGGGAUUCCUGCAGGUCAUUUUCAUGGUUAUGUUCUACCUGCAAAUGGUAACGGUAGGAGGGAUGCUGUUCUACAUGACUUCACAGAAGCAGACCUCACUGGCGCUGGUUUUAGCGUCCUACGUCCUUGCACUGAUGCUCGAGUGCUAUUGGUACUGUAAAUUAUCGGAUGAUUUAAAUGAAACGAAUAAUAAUAUCGGGUUGGCGGUGUAUAGUCUAGAUUGGCCGCAGAAGUUACGCUAUCGUCCUGUAGCACACCGGACCUAUCGUGAAAUUCGUACCGCUUUGCUUCUAAUACUGGUCAAUUCGCAAAAAAGUCUUGACAUCAACUGUGGAGGAUUGUUCGAGAUGAAGAUCGAAACUUUUGCCGUCUUCUUGAACCUGUGCUACAAGUGUUUGAUGUUUCUGCUGAACAGAACUGGUUAAUAGACUACAAAACAAAAAUAAUCUCACGUUAUUAGAU